CCAAGCUGGCCUCCCCGGCCCCCUCCCUUCCCCCCGCCCCAGACCUGGACCCGGACCCGGACCCAGACCCCGACCAGCACCACACCAAAGAGGAGCAGUAUGUGAGCGAGGGGGAGCCUCAGCUUGACGCACAACCGGCACCCGACUGCAGGGACGCCGAGACCAUCACAGAUGUGUGCAACAGUACUGACCUGCCGGAGUUCGAGAUCAUCAGUCUUCUCGAGGAGCAGUUGCCGGUGUAUCGGUUGCGGGCUGACACCGUUUACGGCUACGACAACGAUGACUGGCUGCACACGCCCCUCGUUGCUCCGGACACAAGGUUUGAUCUGACCACCGAGCAGAUCGAAGAGACCCUCAAAUACUUCUUGCUAUGUGCAGACAGAGUGGGCCAGAUGACUAAGACCUACAAUGACAUCGAUGCGGUCACACGUCUGUUGGAGGAGAAAGAGAGAGAUUUGGAGUUGGCUGCAAGAAUCGGCCAGUCUCUUCUCAAGAAGAACAGAAUUCUGACUGAGCAGAACGACUAUCUGGAGGAACGAGUGGGACAAAUCACAGAGGAGGUGGCCCAGCUGCACCAUGAGCUGAACUUGAAGGAUGAACUUCUGCAGUUUUACACCAACGCAGCUGAGAGUGAGGAUGAGUCCAGCAGCUCCCCAACGGGCAAGAAAAGUAAAAAUGAAAGUGCUGCAGGAGGCUUUUUCAGUGACACUCUUCACAGAAAACUCAAAGAUCUGGAAGAGGAGAACCUGUCGCUCCGCUCAGAGGCUCACCACCUGAAGUCAGAGACUGAAAUAUAUGAGGAGAAGGAGCAGCAGCUUGUCAACGACUGUGUGAAAGAACUCAGGUUGUCGAGUCUUCAAAUCUCUACCAUAGCCGAGGAACUAGCUCGAAAAACUGAGGAUGCAUCCCGUCAGCAGGAAGAGAUCACCCACCUCCUGUCCCAGAUAGUAGAUCUGCAAAAGAAAGCCAAAUCUUUUGCAGUAGAAAACGAGGAGCUUUCUCAACACCUGCUGGCGGCUAAAGAUGCCCAAAGGCAGCUUACAGAAGAGCUCCAAGAGCUGGAGGAGAAGUAUAUAGAAUGCAUAGAGAUGCUGCAUGAAGCCCAGGAGGAGCUGAAGAACCUGAGGAACAGAAACUAUCCUGCAGGAACGCCUCGACGCUUCCAUCCUCUGGGGCUUUACCCAAUGGAUUCUCUGGCAGCUGAGAUUGAGGGAACAAUGAGGAAGGAGUUGAGUCUGGAUGACCCCGAGUGCGAGGAGCAGAAAAGCCAUAGGAAGCGAGUUUUUGAGACCGUAAAGACCGUCAACCAAACAGUCCGUCAACGCUCUCUGACUCCAACCAACUCCAACAUCCCUGGCUCCAAUCAGUCUCUGUCUACUCGUACAUCCCCCUUAUCCAGCGGCCUCUCCACCCCUCAUUCCAACAUCUAUGGAUGUGACGUCGGCGGGGACAGUGUUGCCCUUGACAACAGAACGCAGAGCAUGCUGAUGGAGACGGCAUCCAACCAGGACAACACAGAGAGCCGAGACAAGAAGGUCACUGGACCUGAGGACCUGCGGCUGGCCCUGCGCCGCCUGUCUCUGCGUCGCCAGAACAACUUGAGCGAGAGGCGCUUCUUUGAAGAGGAGAGGGACCGUAGACGGGGAGGACAUGGAGGUCUGCAUGAUGCCAUGGGCCAUGAGAGUGUCAUGACGCCCUCAGAAAGCAUCAUGUCCCUAGGGAACAUCCAUGUUUGGGCCUCACGUGGGCCCUACCUCCCUGACAAACUCCAGAUCGUCAAACCACUUGAAGGCUCUGCCACUCUGCAUCACUGGCAGCAGUUAGCGCAGCCUCACCUCGGUGUCAUUCUGGAUGCCCGGCCCGGAGUUGUGCCGAAGGGCUACAGACCCCUCGAACUAGAGUUGGAACAGGUUUAUCCAUGGGGGGGCUUAGAGGAGGAUGAACCAGGGGAGCAAUACUUCCAGAAUCUACCCACCUCCUCUGCGAUAGCCUCACCAGCCGUGGUGCCCACAUCCAGCACCAGUGGCCCUAACCUCGGGCAGCCUCUGCCCAGCCUCGCUCCACCUUCUCCACCCUCUCCAUCACCAUCACCACAUCUCAGCAACACUGACGUCGUUGCUGCAUACUACCCAGGAAAAUCCAUGGCCCACACCAGCUCUACCUACACCUUCACAACCUGUCGGAUCCUCCAUCCAACUGACGAGCUGACGCGGGUCACACCAAGUCUUAACCCAGUUGCAUCGUCGUCCUCCUGUGUGAUGACCAGCACUCUGUUGGGCACUCCAGCUGCUACACCCUGCACACCCCGCAGGCUCAGUCUCAGGCCCUCUGAAUCCUCAACCAACCUCAGAGAUGCAACACGCACCACCAGCACUUCCCUGGGGUUAGUGCGCCUUCUCCAGGAGAGAGGGAUUUCAGCAGCAAUGUAUCACCAGAGCCUGAGUCUGGAGUAUGGCCAAGGCAAUGGAGGGGUCUUACUUAGCACCUCCAUUGCCCCCAACAGACCACCAAACCCUGACCCUCUGCGCCCCUCUACACCUCCCAACUCCCCGACAGGAGAGGGAGCUUCAGCUGCACCAACCCAGGCAGGAUUUGACUUCAAGAGCCCAUCCUAUGACAACUUCCUGGCCUCCAAACCCGCCCGUUCGAUUCUCAAGGAAGUGACAGGCAGGAUGAGGGGCAGGCAGAGAGGAAGGGACUGUGAAAGCCAGACGGACGUAAGCGUGACCAUCCACAACCUCAACUUGCUGGACAAGGUGAAGCGGUUGGGUGUAGCUGGAGGUCCAGGAGGGAGAGCGGUGAGUCCCAGCCCCAUCCUGGGGCCCUUGGGCGGGCUUCGUAGAUCCGGCUCCCCUUUUGGGCCUGAUGGAAUGAGGAGGAACCGGAGUUAUCCAGCCAUGGUUGGUGCCAGCAUGGCAAUGAAAGCCCCAGCACCCCAGGAGUAGUCAGGACUACUGCUGGCCAUUUAGCCAAGUAGAAUCCAGGCAGGGCCAAGAGAGAUCAGACUGACACUGUUCAUACUGUACAUCUGACAACAACACGUCACACUACUGACCAGCUUUUAAUGUGGUUCCAAACAGACACCAUCCACUAUUUAGUGCUUUAACGUGGUGAAUCAUUCUUGAAUUACAAGCAAAAUAGUGAGUUCAACUAAAAUACUAAACCUUUCUUGGUAUGUAGCAUUGAGAUAGUUUGGUUUUAUGUGCCCAUAUUUUGAGAUAUGAAAUUGAUUAACUAAACUUAGUAAAAUUACAUUUAAAAAAAAAAAAA